CUUAGGUAAUCAUGUACCUUACUCCGAUUGGUCACGGCGGAGAAAACAGGCUCCAUAUCCGUCAAAAUCAUCAAGUGCCCGAAAUCCACCUUCAAUUCCAACGGGCGCGAACAACCAUAAAUUCAAUAAAGUAGGUAGUUCGGGGCAUAUUAAUUGUUAUCGACCUGAGGGUAUUACCAAUCGACCUUGCGACAAGGAUGGUGGUAAAGAUUCGACUUGCGCGUUUCGGGCGCAGGAACGCUCCUUUCUACAACAUAGUCGUCGCACAUGCUAGAACGGCACGAAAUAGCAGGCCGCUCGAGGUCAUUGGCACAUAUGACCCAAUUCCCAAGCCCGACCCAUAUGACGAUUCGGGAAAAUUGCACAAAGACAUCAAACUGGACACAUUAAGAGCUAAAUACUGGAUCGGUGUUGGUGCGCAACCGACAGAGACCGUUUGGAGGUUAUUAUCAAUGCUGGGUAUAAUUGAACCAAAGUACCGAAAUACCGAGCCUCGGACUCCACCUCCCAUGCCGAAAGAGCUUCAAGACGGUUCAAAGCCUCAAGAUGCAACGAACUAGACCGUAUUAUAGAGCAGUUUGCGCUCUUGAAACUUCAUAUCACAUUAAAGCGUCGAUAAGUGCAGGAAGCAUCUAGCGCCGAAUGAUACGACCUCGCGUUGUUUAAUUAACAAACAAGGUCAGGCUCUUAGAUUCAGGAUAUGUCUGCCGAAACGGCUGCCCGACCUAGCAUGUAUAUAUUAGGAAGCAGGAGGGCUCACGCUUCGAUAAGUCUUCGAAGACUGCAUGACUAUCACCAUCUCGGGCAUUAUGCCUACCAAAUAUUAGUAUAAAAUAACAAAAACUAUGAACUAAGUACAUCUCUUCCCGGACUGAAUUUUUAUAAGGUUAGUCAUGACAAGACGUUAGGUAUAAGACGUUGUAUGUGCGAAUAAUCCACUUCCUCGGCUUCCAGUUCGUUAUAACAUUCAAUUGCGAAGAUAGGAGGGCAAGUGGCUUGGUACUCAGGUUGUCUUGCUCGACGUGGAAAAAUAUGGAUUUCAUUACAGGUAUAUUGUAAACCUAUCUGCCAUCCCUCGAUUUCAGUCUUGAUCGACAGGAACCAGGUUAGAUGUUUGCACGUUGUGAGACAUAGAUCGAUCCUAUUUACGUGAGGACCGGUACUCAACCACUAAAAACUCCAAGAACCUCAAUAGAUACAACAAUUUUACAAG